AUGUCGCCAGGAGGAGGACCCCCUCCACCCCUCGAUGAGACCAAGGCCAACUGGCUCGUGGCCUACAUAUUUGUCGGCAUAAUUAUCCCCAUCGGCUACUUGAUCACGAUAGGCAUUAUUGUCAUGGUUGAUCGCCGCGAGAAAUCAAACCCACGCUCCGACGCCACCCGCCGCGCGCUCGAGGCCGACGGCGCAUAUGGCCGCAUGUCGUUCCCCUGGCGUGAUGCCGUCCGCACCACAGAGCCCGACACGGCCAAUUUCCAAACCGUCGAUGGGCCCCAGACCGACGAUGAGAAGGACAUCCUUCGCCAGCUCGAACUGCAGCGCGAGACCCAGGGCUGGGUGCCGCGGCCCCUUGGUGUGAACCAGGUGCACGAGGCAGAAGACGGCCAAAAUGGCGGUUACCAGAGCCCGCGGCACAAUGAAGACCCGUAUCUCUCCCACCUCAAGGAGACGGGCCUCGGCCGCUCUAGUAUGGACGGCCCAUACAGGCGGCGCGACAGUCUCUACUCGAUAGACGUCGAGAAGGGAGCCGGCGCUGGCCGCAUGGCCUCCUCCCCCGUGAACCCCUAUUCUGACAUCAACCCGUACUCGUCUUCUAACCACAAUGGGGUCCACCGCUCCGCGUCCAGCAGCACGAAUAACAGUUACAGGCACAGCUUCGACGUCCGCCGAAAUCCCUUCUCCGACGACGACUCGGUCGUCGACCUGACCGGCAACGGCGGCGGCUCGCUCAGGCAGCAGCGCCAACGCAGAGAUUAUCCGGACGGCGACGAGCAGCACUCGCGCCGCAACCCUUUCAGCGACGACCACGCAGGAUCGAGGCGUCCCGUAUCCUUGUACGACGAGCCGCUUAGAAGGCCCGAUCCGUCACAUCUUGUUUAA